AUGUUUAGCAAAGUCAUCGCCUUCGCCCUCGUCGCUGUUUCCACGGUCGCAGCCAUGGACUUAAACCACUUGGCUGCUCGCCAGGGAACCACUACCACCACUACCACCACUUCCAGCACGUCGUCAACAACGUCGUCCGCGUCCUCGGCUACCACCACUGCCACUUCUACGGCGACGACAACUACAGCUGCUUCUUCCUCCGGCACAUCGAGCGCGUCUUCGUCUACCACUUCAUCCAUGGUGCCAACAGCCACAGGUGCACCCAUCCACCCCAACGGUAAUCGUGGUAAGUGCAUGGAUGUACGAGGCAAUACGCUCGUCAACGGCACUCCAGUUCAAAUCUAUGAUUGCAAUGGCACAGGCGCGCAAAAAUGGAUUGUACAGAAGGGCCAGACGAAAGUUCGUCUAGCUGGUACGAACUUUUGCCUCGACGCUGGGAGCAACCCAGCAAACAGCGUUCGCAUGAAAAUAUGGCAAUGCUAUGACAAUCUCCCUGCGCAAGAGUGGUAUUACACAGGCGACAACCGCAUUGCUCUAUUUAACAAAGGCAAGGGAUUCGUCCACCUAGCCUCGUCCUUGCUCAUCAUUAUACUUUUUCAGGAUUAUGUCUUGACCUUACGGACGGGAGAUUGA